CGGACAAUUUGAUUGGUUCUCCAGCAAGAGGAGGUUUCACUUCCGCAAACAUGGCAGUAAUGGAAGGUCCACUAAGUAAAUGGACAAAUGUAGUCAAAGGCUGGCAGUAUCGCUGGUUUGUCUUAGAUGACAAUGCUGGUUUACUCUCAUAUUACACAUCUAAAGAUAAAAUGAAACGAGGGUCAAGAAGAGGAUGUGUACGACUGAAGGGAGCAGUUAUUGGAAUAGAUGAUGAGGAUGACAGUACAUUUACAAUCACCGUGGAUCAUAAAACAUUCCAUUUCCAAGCACGAGAUGCAGAAGAAAGAGAACAGUGGAUAGAAGCAUUAGAGAACACAAUAGUUAGACAUACCAGGCAUUCUUCAUUUAGGGGCCAGCAGGCUGGUGUUCCUAGUGCGGCAGAUUUUGACCGGAAAUUAGCCGAGACCGACGCCUACCUCCAGCUUCUGAUAAACCAGGUUGAGAGUCUCGAGAAACGUAUUGAGGCGUGUGAAGAUGUCGGGGAGAAAGAGAAAUAUAAUGUUAUUAAAGUCACUGCUAAUGCUAUGAUUGAAGCAAUAAAACAUUCCAUCGUAAUGCUACAAAUUUCUAAGGAAACAUUAAAAGAACCAUUACUAAAUGGUACCAUGCAUGAACCAGUACUUACCAUGGGAGCAGACUUUGAUUAUUACAGUAGUGGUGCUCAACCUAUUGGAUCUACAAGUAGGAGUACAACACCAGACAUCAACGAGCCUGCAAUUCUUAAUGGUGACUUGAACCAUGAAUCCAUGGGAGGAAUAACCCCAGAGAAUGGCGAUGAUUUACCGGAGACGGAGCCAUCUGUUCCAGCAACUUCUUACUCUAGCAGUGAAGACGAGGACUUCUAUGAUGCAGAAGAAGAGACACAAAAAACACCUAAAAAUAGUCCAGAUAAGAAGAAUAAGUUAAAACAAUUACCUGAGGAACAGGGACUUGAGGCAAGUAAAACACAAUCUUUAGAAAGUGUUGAGCCUGGUUCCGAGCCUACAGAAAGUACAGAUACAAAAUCUUCAUCAGUACAACAGGUAGCAGUUAUCCAAGAUGACUACACUGAUGAAUUGUAUGAUGCUACUGAGGAAGAAGGGUUGGGGUCAUUGGAGAAACAUGGAAGCAUAAUAACUCAUUUAUUGUCUCAAGUACGUAUUGGUAUGGACCUUACCAAAGUUGUUCUACCCACGUUUAUAUUGGAAAGAAAGUCUUUACUAGAGAUGUAUGCUGAAUUCUUUGCUCAUGCGGAUUUAUUCUUAAAAGUACCAGAUUUACAGACCCCGAAGGAGAGGAUGGUACAAUUAGUUAGAUGGUAUAUGUCAGCCUUCCAUGCCAGUAGAAACUCAGAUAUUGCCAAAAAACCUUACAAUCCUAUACUAGGGGAAACUUUUAAAUGUUACUGGAAUGUCCCGGGCUAUGAGAAAACAGAGGAACUGGUAGAAGAUGGUCCUUUACCAUGGGCAAGUGGCAAUAAUCUUUCUUUUAUAGCGGAACAAGUGUCUCAUCAUCCCCCAAUAUCAGCAUUUUAUGCUGAGCAUGCCAACAAGCGUAUAACAUUAGAUGGCUAUAUAUGGACAAAGUCAAAGUUCCUCGGACUAUCUAUAGGUGUACAUAUGAUAGGACAAGCUGUGAUAUCUUUGCUAGACUGGGACGAGGAAUACAUCAUUACAUUUCCUAAUGGAUAUGGAAGGUCCAUAUUAACAGUGCCAUGGGUUGAACUUGGAGGAAAUAUAACUGUGUCUUGCCCUAAAACUGGCUAUAACGCAACUGUAGACUUUUUAACUAAGCCAUUCUAUGGUGGCAAAAAACAUCGAAUUGCUGGAAAUAUUUAUGCUCCCAACGAAAAGAAACCAUUCUGUGUUCUUGAUGGUGAAUGGAACGGAACAGUGUGGGCCAAAUAUACCACAGGGAUGAAUGAAGCAUUUGUUGAUACAAAGAAACUGCCUAUUAUCAAGAAAGCAGUCAAGCCAAGAGAGACUCAAGAUGAGUUUGAAUCUAGAAGAUUGUGGCAGGAAGUUACGAUAAAUUUAAGAAAUGAUAACGUCGAGAAGGCGACAGAAUAUAAACAAAAACUAGAACAACGACAACGUGAAGAGGCAAAGGAACGUAAGGAAAAAGGCCUUAAAGUCGAAACUAAGCAUUUUCAUGAAGAAGGAGAACAUUGGGUAUAUGAUAGACCUCUUGUGAAACGAAUAGGAAAGAAUUCAAACUCUGGUAGUGCUGUAUAGUGACUCAAUACCUGAACACCUUUGUGCUCGAAAUAGUUUCAUUAUAUUAAUGGCAAUCUGAACACCCUCAAAUUUGGAAUAGUCCUUUCAUUAUAAUGACUAUCCAGAAAAGAAAGUACUUUUAACUAUUGAGGUAUGCUGAACACCCCUUUAGUUUGCAACAGUCCAAAUACACUGGUAUAUUCAUCAUGGAAUUCUGAACAUCUUAUGUGUGGAAUAAUCCAUUUAUCAGUAUAAAAGUAUGAAACACGCUUGUGUUUGGAUCGGUCUACUUUUUUUUUUUGGACAAUCUGAACUGUCUUAUGUUUGGAACAAUCCUUUUUUUCAGUACAUGGAUAUCAUUAUCAACAUGUGUAUGGAAAUGUCUACAAUACUUAUGUUAAUGGCU